AUGUCUAGACCCAGUCCUUCUCCUUCUCCAGGCCCUGCGCCUCAAGCAAAUGGCUCCACGAGUCCUGCGCCCGCAAGCAAGACGCGCCAGAGCAUGGGGCCCUCGGCUCGUCCCCCAGCAGGACUCGCACCGCUCUCUCCACGUCCUCAGUCCCCUUCAAGUCGUCCUAGGAGCGAGAUGUUUGCAAAUAGCACCUCGUUCCAGACGCCAGAGUCCGAGGCCAUCGAUCAAUGGUUUGAGAAUCUCCAAAACUACGAGGCUACGCUGGAGGAAAUGGCUGCCGCUUCUCUCGAUGUCAACUUUAAGGAAGAAUUGAGCGCCAUUGAGCAAUGGUUCCGCGUCUUGUCAGAGGCAGAGCGCACCGCGGCUUUGUACAGUCUCCUUCAACAUUCUACUCAAGUUCAGAUUCGAUUCUUUAUCACCGUCCUUCAGCAGAUGGCACGUUCCGACCCGAUGACUGCACUUCUCAGCCCAGGUAUGGGUGGCAGUAUGCAAGCCCAAAUGGAGGCCAAGCUUCUGAGCAUGGGUUUGAAGUCACCUGGUAUCAAGGCUCCGGCAUCUCCGUCUGCCCGUACAUUCAACAACGCCCCAGCAAACACUACUGCCGCGGCUGCUUCGUCCACUCCCAGCAACAACUUCCUUACGCCCGACGCAGCCUUGGCCUCUCCAGCACCUGAUGCCGCCGCCACGCUCGCCCAACAGCGUGCAAGACUCAAAGCGAGUAACGCCGACGCCGCAUCCCGGCGUAUCUCCGCGCCCGGUACGCUCUCGAAUGCGGGGGAUGGGCGUAAUGUCUGGCAGCCACCUCAGCUCGGCCAGGUCACAGAGCGCGCUCCUUCUCCCGUCGUUGAGCAGACACCCCCCUCUCCAGGACCCACAAAUACGACCAGCGCUGCCCGCCCGAAGAGCACCGACUUUACGGGUGUCGCCAAUCAGUUUAAGAACCGCACAGGCUCUGUCACCGAGGCAGAUGCGCCUGGUCAAGAUGUCCUUUCGCCCAUGGGUGGUGGUAACUGGGCUAGCAUGGUGAACACACCACUCGUGCCCAUGUUUAGCGAAAACAAGCCCAAUCUCGACAGUGCAAGCGGAAAACUCGCCACUUGGAACAAGAGUAACAGCACCAAUGGACGUAUCGCUCUCGCCGAUGCCAAAGCGUUCAGACGUACUUCCAAGUCGUCUGCUCAAAGCCCCGAUGCCAACACGAGUGUCUACGGCGAUGAUGGAAAUCUCCUCGCUCCUCCCUCAGCGCGUAGCCAGACGAACAAGCCAGCAUCUGGAGCUGGGUCUGGCUUCAACCAGGCGUGGGGAGGCAUGCAAGCUCGUAGCCCAGCAUUGUCCAAUGCAUCCUCGAAUCGCUUUGCUACGCAAGAGGAGCAACUCGCCGCCGCUGCUGCUGCUGGGUUGCCGUUUGGAAUGGGAAUGGCCGGAAGCCCUAACAUGCCACUUGCGAUGAGCCCUCUCAUGGGUGGCCUCGGUGGCUUCAAUAUGAUGAAUCUUGGUAUGCCCAUGGAUCCUAUCCAGGCACAGUACCUCGCCGCUCAGAUUGCCGCUGGUCAAUUCGGUGCCCAGCUCGCUGGUAUGCAAAACCAGCAGAUGAUGAUGGGUCGCGGUGGACGUGGUGCUCCACGCGGUAUGCCUGGUAAAGGUGGCUCGCAAAAUGGACGUGAAGGGAACAAGGACAAGGAUGAAGAUGUCGAUCCGGCGCUUUUGAACGACGUGCCGGCUUGGUUGAGAAGUCUCAGGUUGCACAAGUAUACGCCCAACUUUGAAGGCAUGACCUGGCGCGACAUGGUUGUCAUGGACGAGGACGCGCUCGAGGCAAAGGGCGUUGCAGCGCUUGGAGCUAGACGCAAGAUGCUCAAGACUUUCGAGGUUGUUCGUGCCAAGAUGAACAUUCAGAUGCCUGGAGAGGACGCAUAA